AUGAUAUCAAAUAUUUGUGAUCUUCCAAUGAUUUCUUUGUCAAAUAUCUCAACAAAACAGGAUGAAAUAAUUCGGAGAAUUGAAUAUGUUCAAUUUUCGAUAUUUUGCAUAACUUUACCAUUUUAUAUUUUCAUUCUAUAUUUUAUUUAUCUCGGAAGAAAGAGAAAAAUCGAUCAAUUAUCCACGCCAUUUUUUCUUUUAUGUAUAACAACUGGAAUUAUUGAUAUCUUAAACUAUACCAACAAUUAUUUCAAUUCAAUGUUACCAAAAUGGGGUUGGUGUAUUCCAUUUUUCCUUGUCCUUGAUGGUAUAUACGCCCACAUAUAUUUCUACAUUGCCUGGUCGACUGGAAUUUGUCAAGUAUUUUCAGUUGCGGUGAUCGCAUCAAAUCGGCUCACCGCAAUAAUAUAUCCCUUUCGAAAGAAUCAAAUUUGGAAUUCGAAAAAUUUGCGAAUCGCAAUCGGGAUUCAAUUUCUCCCCGGUUGCCUACUCACUUUAGCCACAUUUUUCAAUCCAACCCAAUUAUAUCGAAAUAAAUAUGAUGGAGUUGUUCCGAAAUUUCUCGAGUAUGAGAUAGAUUUUCAAAAUUUUUUUUUGAAAUAAUUAAUUUUGCAGUCAAAAUAUAACAUCAAUGUUUUUCCUGGUUUGCGGGUUACUGGUUCUUAUUGUUUGUUUUUAUUUGAUUAUCGGGUAUUUUUACCUUUUUAUUGUUUUGCGGAGGAGUGCGACUAGAGUGAGUUACUCGAACUUCGGGGUUCAAAAUUGACUAUUUUCCGGGGUAGAAUGACGUGGCAGUUUACAAACUCUUUUUAUUCCAGAACCACAAUACAUUCCGAAAACUAAACAUCAAAACAAAACGUCGUGAUAUGAAACUGUUAUGUAUGAGUUCAAUAAUUGUUCUAACUCAAAUCAUCGGUUUCGUUUUUCUCGCAAUCGUCGCAACCAAAAUCAUCAUCUUAGAUCUCGAAGAAUUCUAUCUUCUUUAUAAUAUUGUUAGUGAUCUAUAUUCAGGCCUAAAUCCAUAUUUAUUAUGGAUUUUCAGUGAUUCUCUACGAAUAUUCAUCUUAGAAGAAUUAGGUUUCAAUCGAAAAUCGACAAAAACAAUCGGAGGCAUGGCUGUUAGUAGAACAUCUGUUAUUAUAAUAAAUACUGUUUGA